UAGAGCAUUACUAUACAUUGUCAACUUUUGGGUGACUUUGGCCUUAAUCAAUAUUGAAUUUUGGCUUUUACAGAGUAGCUUCUGAAGUGAGAUCAGAAGAUUUUUAUGCUUGAAGGGGCUCUACAUGCCCAUUUAUUAUUUUCAUUUCGUAUUUGUCAGCAUUCCACAUACAAAGCAGAAUGCUGUGGAAACUACCGAUAUAAAGCUAUAACUCGAUAGUUUCUGGGUUUUGUUUUUGGCAGGACAAGUAAAAAUGAUCACAGCACCAAUACUGAACAGCAUUGUUUAUGCUCAUUAAUGAACUUUGGCUUUGUAGGGUUUUUUCUAAAUAAUUAGCUGAUUUAAAAGGUCACUUCUGGGUUUUGGCAUGUUCACACUUCCAAGAUACAUUUAAAGGGGAAAGCAAUAAAGAUAGUUUACGUCACAACAAAAUGUUGCUACUGCACAAUAAACAUGAUACAUAUAUAUAAAGUCCCCAUUUAACUCACGUUUAUGGCUGCUGGCUCCCUCCUUGCGCUUGAUGCAACAUGGCCUCCUUUGCAUGAGGCACAGAGGGGCACAACCUGGCAGCAGCUGGGUAAAACCAGCAUGAAGCCUAGAUCAAAAUACAAGUGGUCUGGGUUUUUUUUCGAUUGGAACAGUGGUAUUUUUUUACCCCCCGUUUCCCUCUGCUUACCAUGUGUCAACUUUUCAUGAUGAGUCAAAUUUCUCACCUUCUCUCUUUUGGUCUUCAUUACUCUCACUCACUCAGAUUUCUUUGUAUAUGUUGUGCUUGCACUAACAGUCUUAGCUCUCCAUAUUCCCGCAGUUAAAGCUCUGCUGGCGGUUUUACAGCAUAUUGCUACAGGUCAGUUAUAAAUGGCUAUAACAAUGCCCGAUGGUCCCUGAAUGGAAGAAUCUGAUGACUUUUACAAUUAUUGGUUGUACACUCCAGUCUUUAUCAAAAGGUGGCAAGAAGAAUGGCAUGGUUAGAAGAUGAGCAUAAGAAGACCAACAUGUAGAAGAACAUGCUUUGGUCAGAUGAAACCAAAAUAAAACAGCUCCCACACAUGCAAAAUGCAGUGUGUGGCAGAAAAGAAAUGAUGAUCUUUCCCUGACCACACCAUCACCAUGAUAAAACAUAAUAGUGGCUGCUUAGUACUGAGGGGACAGGGAAGCUGAUCAAGACUGUUAGGAGGAUGACUGGAGCCACAGAAAACCUAAGACUGGGCUGGAGGUUCACCUUCUAGUAGUACAACAACCUUAAAGGUACUGCCAGCCAGAAAUGGCAUUUUAAUGUGUUCAAAGGGCACAAAGUACCUAAAUAAGUUCUAAAUAAGAAUCUGUGACCAAACUUGAAAAUCUAUGUUUACAUAGCCAAUCUGAUUGAGGCCGAGUUAUUUUGUAAAUAAGCAGCAAGAACAUAUUUUUUUUUUACGGGCAAAAAGCUGCUAGAGACAUACUCCAGAACACUUACAGCUAAAAGAAGUUCUACAACGUCGAAAGUGGACUUCAGUACAUUAUUAAAAGUACCUUUCAGUCUUUCCUACAUAUGUAAUCUACUGCAUUUCAUUAAAGGUACUUAAAGUUCAGGAAGUUAAAAGGUAUAAGCAUUAUACAAUGUCUAUUUAAAAAAAAAAUCAUUUUUUACGCAAAAACACUUUCCCAUUGCACUGAAGUCACAUCCAGAACUGACCUGGGCUUUCCGUCUUUAUUAUCUCUCAUUAAGCAGACUGUGAUGACUCUGUUAAAGGGUCACUAAGUGCUAUCUGGCAGCAGCUGGCACUCAGACGUGCACACUAUCACUUACAUAGCUGAAGAGGUUAUGGUUUUCUUUUAAGUUAGACAGAUGAGCAAAGCAAAACCUGACCACAUUGGCAGAAAGAAAGGUUACUGUAUGUUGAAGGAGUAAAAAAAUUUUUAAAAUCUUCCAAAUGUUUUUCUUUUUUUUGCUGAACGUUUAUGAUUGCCAAGUAAUCUGAAUUAUUUGUGGCUCAUGUUUCAGUGAAUUUCCGUUGUCGUCAGAGUGCUUGUCAGGUGGCGGCUUCACCCUAGCCCACCUCCAGAGGUGUGAAAUAUUUAACAUUUAUUUCAGGUUACUUUGGCGUCUAUAUGCACUCCCUUGUUUUCCAAUUACAUUUUUUUACCCUACAACUGUCUCUAAGUGAACCCUAACACUAGCAACAUAUCCCCUCUCAGUUAACUUCAUUGUUGAAAAACAUAUGUGGGAAACCUCAAGUUCAAGAUUAGUUUUUUUUUUCCAUCACAACCUGAUAUCAGAGUGUUUAGAAUCAUCAAUUCAGCUGGGAGAUUUGGAGAACACCCUACAAUCACUCGUAAUAUUUUCCACAGAGGGUCAGCAUCACAUUCCACCGUUGAGUGCGAAGAGUGAUAAGCUAUAAAUUCACUGUCCUGCUGCUACCUAUCCAUCAGCCAUGAAUAAGCAGAGGCAUGCCAUUAUAUAAGCCAGUAUGUGCAUGUUGAUGUCCAGUAACUGUGGUCGCAGGUCAGUUAGGUCUUUGCAAUUUGUCUUAUAGAGUUUAUUGAAAGUGUGACUUUAUGUUUUUGUGAACGUCAGCCCUUUAUGUCAACUUUCAUAUUAACAAGUUUUUUGUUAUGUACCUAUACAGUUACUUUUUAUGUUACUUUUAGUCAGUGCUGUGAAAAAGUAUGUUACAGAUUUCUUUCUGCUUUCAUGCGCACUGCUGUAUUUUUCAAUAUCUCACUUGGAUUCAAGUAUUAACUUAUAUUUCACUUCCACUGAGCAGCAGGGUGUGGAUCAGUGAAGACUGGUACGCUAUAGCCCAUUCUCCAUUGUCAGGUCUCACUCUAAUAGUUUCUAGCUAAGUUGGGUGUGUCUCCAUUAGCAGUGUGUUCCUCACUAUAGGUGCGAAUAUGAGAAGAAUGUGGACCUGAAUGUGGAAACUUAGGUUAUGAGAAAAUGAGUUGUAGUCAGUGAUGAUAAUGCUCUGAUAAUGUCGGUUUACGAGUGUAACUUGCCAGGUCAUUGCCUUCCUGGGCAAUUCUGCUCAAAAAAAAAAAAAAAAAAAAAUCUUGCACAGUCUGGGCUUUCUCCCCUUGACUCGGAUUGUCUCUGGUAGAUUUUUUUUUUACUGGGCCAAUCAACCAACAGAAGGAGUAGUUGUGAACAACUAUGCAGAUUUUCUGCACUGUUUUAGAAUUGCAAUCUUUCUAUAGUUUUAGCAAUGGCAGUGGGGGAAGUGAACAAAGCAAUUCAAUCUGGCUUGGCCAUGCUUCCAAAUAUUGAAAUGACAUUAGCAGCCACUCCGCUUGGAUCAGCACUUCUUUCUCUGCAGUGGGGGACGGUUGUUUACAAUGCAGGCAAUUUCUGAUAAGCUUCAUAACGUCAAACUGAUGUAUUACAUACGUCACAGGCAGACUUUAGCAAUUGGGUAAAAUUGAAAACCUCAACACACUCCACACGUCCAGGAAGCAAUUGUUUUUCUACAGCUGAUAGCCCAGACCCUUGAUAAGAAACGCAGCGUAAGACAAGAGGCUGGUACUUGCCAAGUACGACUGUCUUGUUGCAGAUUGAAAAUGGUGGUUGUUUAUGUUUGAGGAAUUUUCAUCCAGUGACGUACAUCCACGGACCAAAGAGUCUGCUGACAAUCUAAUGAGUUGCUCACAAUUCCCAGUUUGUACCAGCCCUGAGGUGGUUUACAACAAAUGCAAAGGAACUGCACAGAAUCUGCAAAUAGAGAUGAAUCUGUUGAUUGGGGAAGAACCGUUAAAGCCACUGCCUGGUUAGGCUCUUACUGGGCGAGCAGGGUUAAACCCUAAGUUUAUAACACUAUCAUAGUAUGACUACAUAAUAGUGCAUUACUUGGCUGUCACAGUGUUGGUUUGUGAUGAAAAAUCAGACAAAGUCCAGCAAUUGUAGAGCUUUAUAUUUUUUCCUUUAUGCAGUUCUUCAGACAUUGCACAACAAUUCACAGCCUUACAUGCAUUCCAAACAACAGGAGGGAGCAUCCCUCUCUGAUCCAAACCACCUGGCUUUUAAAGCAUGGCCAGGACUAAUUAAGGGGCGGAGACAACAAUUACAUUUCCAGGUAGAAUAAAAAAAAGCAUUUGUGCUAAACAAUAUUCCUAGACAGAAUUAUAUCUAACAAUUUUACAACUAAAACAAAAACAAGCUGGGCCCAAACCAAAAAAAAAAAAAAAAAAGAAAAACAUCUCCCCUCCUUCUCAAUCAAUGGACCUUCCCAGUGAGGUUGAUUCAAAACACCAGGUCCUUGUCAGCACUGCUCAUGGGUGCGCUUCCAUGGCAACACGUGACCUCAAAGAGAAGAGAGGAUGAUUAAAACAAAAUAUUAAAUAAAGCAAGAUUAUAGGAAGCACAAAAAACAGCACCCGUUAGGGAGGGGAUAAAUCCCUCACACGCAGUCUGUGACUUUUUAAGUCCUCCAAUCAACACACUGGUUGUGUAACGCCUAUGGCUAACCAUACCAUACCAUUGUCCUAUGCACUUACAACUGAAGGGAGGCAUAUAGCAAGACACAUAUCUUCCAAAAAGUUCCACUUUUGUCUCAUUAAUCCACGGAAUAUUUUCCUAAAUGUUUCAGGGAUAACAGAAAUACUUUUGUAUUGAUUAAGUACUUAUUGUUUGACGAUUAACUGAAGUAGGUGAGCAAUGCACUGCUUUAGAUGUUGUUGUAGGUUUCUCGUGACCUCCUGGAUGAGUGGUCUUGAGAGAGUUCCACUUUGGCUUGCUGGAAUACCAAAGUCUUGCGGACGACUUUGUAGCUAUAUUUCGAUUGGGACUUUUUGAGAAUAUUAUGUUAUGUUGUGAGCUGGUUACUAAUUAAGUGAUUUCUUUAUUCUAGGUUUCUCAGGCUAUUUUUGUCAGAUAUAAAAAAUUACUUAAUGAUCUGAAACAUUUAAUUGAGACAUAAAGAAAAAAACUAAUGAAAUCUGUGAGGUCAAAUACUUCUUUACAGCACUGCUGCUUCAGUUAAAUGUCUAUUCUGUUUGCAACAAUAUAAAAAAUAAAAUAAAUGCACCCCUUCUGUGUACACUGCUAUAACCCUACCAAGCAUUUCCAUCUUGUCUUUUUACUAGAAAACUACCUCUAGCAAAGCCAGUAAAUGGAAACAAGAGAUAACUCCUGCAUGUCAGCCAAGUUCUCUGCAGCCCCAUUACAAGAUAAAGCUCCAUGGACCAAAGCAUUUCCUCGCAUCACGGGAAAGAUCACAAGAGCAAAGAUGGGGCAGAAAAACCAUGUUUGGGCCAGAAGAGCCUGAAAGCGCAAAAGAAGAUGAAGCCUCCAGAUGCAACAGAUAAUAUUUCGCCAAAAAAGCAGGCUUUGCUUCUUGAAGAAGUGCAAAAAUUAAACAAAGAGAACACAGAAAAAACAGAUCAGUUGUUUCUGCAGCUGGAUCUGGAGUCAGGGGUGACCCCUAAAGAUGAGCAACCAGAGGCCCCCGCUUGCAACCUGGUGGACUAUGUGCAUGAAGAUUCCCAAGCUACUGUGGCUGAGGAACGUGAGGCUUCAGGUGUUAUUGAGGAGCAAAUAGAGGAAGAGGAAACUAAGGAAAAAGCAGUGCCAGUGGAAGAUGUAGUGCAAAAGAAAGCAGAAGAAGAAAAGCCCGAAGUUCCCGAGGAAGAACAGAAAGAAAAUAUUUCUGCUUCUGAAGAACAAAUAGAAGUCUCCGAGAUGCCAACUUCCGAUGUAGAUAAGAAAGAGGAGAUUGCUACCAGCGAUGACCACAAGGAAGCAACACCAUGCACAGAGACGGAGCAGGACAAGAUCACUGAGACAGAACAAGACAAGAAGGAGGAAAGAGAAGAGGCGCAGAAAGAGGAUGAUGAUGAGAGCUCUGAGCAUGAAGACUGGGCUAGCUUCAAGGCAGAUGGAAUUCAAAUCCAGUUCAACCUUAAAGAAAAGUUGGAGAAGGGAAAACUGGAGAAUGCUGAUGAAAAAACAAUAGAUGACGAUCAAAGUGAGCGGUUCUUCAUCGAUACAACUCUUCCUCCGGCAGCUCCUUUUAAUCAUCGCAUUGUGUCUGCUAAGCCAAACCAGAUCAGAAACUUUUACACAAUCAACUGGCAAGAGGUCCUAGGCGGGGGCCGGUUCGGUCAGGUGCACAAAUGUGUUGAAAACUCCUCAGGUCUCACUUUGGCAGCGAAGGUCAUUAAAGCUCGAAGCCAGAAAGAAAAGGACGUGGUGAAGAAUGAGAUCCAGGUCAUGAAUAAUCUGGACCAUGCCAGCCUGAUCCAGCUCUAUGCAGCUUAUGAGUCAAGGAAUGACAUCAUCCUUGUACUUGAAUAUGUUGGUGGAGGAGAACUCUUUGACAGGAUUAUUGAUGAAAACUACACUUUGAUGGAGUUGGAUGCUGUGGUGUUCAUCCGACAGAUCUGCGAGGGCCUUCAGCAUAUGCACAAAAUGUCGAUACUGCAUCUAGAUUUAAAGCCAGAAAACAUUUUGUGCGUGAGCAGAGUGACCAACAAGAUUAAGAUAAUUGAUUUUGGCCUCGCUAGGAUCUAUAAACCACGGGAGAAAUUAAAGGUGAAUUUUGGAACUCCAGAGUUUCUAGCUCCGGAGGUCGUCAACUACGAUUUUGUGUCAUUCAACACAGACAUGUGGAGCCUUGGUGUCAUAACUUACAUGCUCCUGAGCGGUUUGUGUCCCUUCCUUGGCGAUGAUGACAAUCAGACUUUAAACAACAUCUUGGCUUGUAAGUGGAACUUUGAGGAACAGGAGUUUGCUGAUACUUCAGUGGAAGCAAAAGACUUUAUCACUAGGCUCCUUGUUACAAAUAAAACCUGGAGGAUGGGAGCCUGUGAGGCAUUAAGGCAUCCAUGGCUAUCUGACUCUGUUCUUCAUCAUCGUCUUUAUACAAAGAAAAAUAUGUGCAGAUCACGCAGAUCAUCAUGCGUACCCCUGAUUGAUAUAUAAGAUCUGGACAAGAAUGAGAUGGCUCCUGAUGUGGCAACUUGGACCAACCCUUUUUGUCAGUGAAAUCUUCUAGACAUCUCUAAAUCCAACUGAAACACUUGAGAUGUGGAUUGAUUUUCUGGUUACGUGUGAUCCCGUAUGUUCUAAGAAUGUGAAAUGUACUCUCACCUGGUUUAGUUUAUUCACAUUACUAAUUUGAAAAGCCACACAUUAUCCUUUUUGUUUAUUCAAAUAGAUAUUUGUGGAAACACUCCUGUCAUCCAGCUUUUGCAAAGUCCGUAACUUUUAUUCAUUUCUAAAAUGUUGUCAGGGAUCUGCCGUAGGGAUGUAAUUUAUGAAUUUUACUAGUUUCUCUCCUUAUUUUAGGAUCUAAAAAAUGGUGCUAUAAGUAUUUGAUGAACCAUUAUGUAUUAUAUACUUGAGGCUUAUUUACGUGCCACCAUUGCUUUCAUUAGAAGUGCAUGACUGGCUUGAGGCUUCACUUUCAAAUACUACUUCCUUUGGUUUAUAUCUAGCUAAAAUGUGGCAAAAAUGUUUUGUGUGGCUUUCCUUUUUUUUUUUUUUUUUUUUUUUUUUUUUUUUGCAAAAGACGUA